AAUUAAAAUGAACGCGGCUAUGCGUUUUCGUUUUUUACUAUUUGUUUAUAUAUCUGUCGCCUGCAGCGUUAUAACGGGUUUUCGAUUUUCCUUCUUCGAUGAAGUAACGUCUUCGGCCUUCAAAUUCGAAAGAUCUUGAAUGUUAAUUUGAAUUUUGAAAGAUGGAGGAAAAGCUGAAAACUGCAUUAGGUCUUUCUGUUGUAAAAUCAAAAGGAUCAAAGGGUGGUGGCUGUAUAUCUGAAGGCAAAGUAUUUGAGACUGAAAAUGGUGACAUUUUUGUGAAAGUAAAUUCAGAAGCUAAGGCUGAUGUUAUGUUUGAAGGUGAGUUAGAAGGAUUAAAAGCAAUUAAGGAGACCAAUACAGUACGAGUUCCUACUCCUAUUAAAGUUAUUAACUUAAAGUCUUCUACAUGUUUUGUAAUGGAAUAUAUUGAAAUGUCGGGUUUAUCCAAAUAUGCAGAACAAUUAGGAGAGCAACUUGCCAGGAUGCAUCUAUUCAACAUAAAUUUGCAAGCAUCUGGUAGCUCAAUCAAGAAAUCAAAUGAUGAUGAUGAUGAACCUGUGUAUGUAGAUAAAUUUGGAUUUCACACAACUACAUGUUGUGGUUACAUUCCUCUUGUUAAUUCAUGGAAAAAUGAUUGGGUGGAAUUUUAUGCACAACAACGAUUGGAUCAUCAAAUAAAAUUACUGACUUCAUCUUAUGGUGAUAGAGAACUCACAGAGCUUUGGUCACAAUUAAGCUUAAAGAUUCCUAGUUUUUUUGAAGGCAUUGAGAUAAAGCCAUCCUUAUUACAUGGUGACUUAUGGAGUGGUAAUGCUGCAGAAACAAAAACAGAACCUGUUAUAUUUGAUGCUGCUGUAUUUUAUGGACAUUCCGAGUUUGAAUUGUCUAUAGCCGAUAUGUUUGGUGGAUUUCCACGAUCAUUUUACAAUGCUUACCAUAACAUUCUGCCAAAAGAAGCAAACUUUGACAAAAGAAAAGAUUUAUACAAAUUAUUUCACUGCUUGAAUCACUGGAAUCAUUUUGGAGGUGGAUAUAGAAGUUCUUCUUUAUCUAUAAUGAGGAGAAUUUUAAAGAACUUGUGAUAUUUUACAAGUCAACAUUUCUUAGAAUAGCCAUAGUAGAAGUUCAAACGGCAGCUGUAAUUAUGCUCAAAACAUAGAUGUAUGAUUUUAUGAUUUUGUUAACAGAUUAAAUGAUUAUUAUUUUGUAAUAAAAAUUUCAGAUUUAUUGACUGUC